AGUAAAUGGUAAAAGCCGCACAACAAAACACAGCAACGAAUGUUAAUAGCGCCCGUGUUGCUUUCGCAGUACUGAAAGCGAAUCCAAGAUAAUCGUGAAUUUGCUGCUUACGUUCUUUUGCAUUUAGUUUUAUUGUUGCAUUAAGCAUGGAUGAAAAUAAACCACACGAAUACUAUGUCGGAAACGUGCCGAAAAACGCCACCGUAGAAGAUCUGCGAUCCUUUCUGAACGAUUAUGGAAAGAUAAGCAAUUUCGAGUAUCGAUUGCACAAAUGCACCUACUGUCCAACGAAGAUUGCUUACAUCAAGUUCGCCCAAGAGCUGGACGAGAAGCAGCUUGAAGAGUUGAACAAGUCAACGUUUCAGCAAAAGCGGCUAUUUGUCGUUAGUACGCAAGCGGAAAGGUUCUUCACGCCACUACAGUCCGUUGUGGUUCGAUAUCUUAACGAGCAAAUCACCGAGGAAGAUCUGUACAACCAUUUCCAUAGCGUCGGUACGAUUGAAUGCGUUCAGAAGCCUUCGCAUAACUAUGCGUACAUAUCCUUUACGGACAAUGCCGCUAUCAAGCGUGCGCUGGAGCUGAAGAAGUCGCUCAAAGGCAUCGAACCAUACAUCGUGGAGGUGAAGCGAAAGAUCAGCAUGUUUCUGGAACAAAAAAAGCCAGUAGCCUACACACAAAUCAAGGAAAAGUGCGACAAGCUAGAUCUGGUGUACGAUCCGGCAGCUGAAAAUGAAACUACCUUGCUUGUGACCAACAUCCCCAGGGACACCGAGGAGGAUGAUUUGAUCGGGUUUUUGAGCAAGUUCGGGAAGAUUGAGGACUGGAUAAUGCAAAAGUCGGCCACCUGCGUAAUGUCCAACAUUGCCUACGUGACCUACCGGUACCCGAAGAUGGCUCGGGCAGCAUUCCUACACGAGCCACUUAAUUUUCAGGGCUUUGGAAUGGAGGUUUACAACCGAAUGUUGGGAUACACAUCGAACGAUUCGGACAAAACCGUUAUCAUUAGGCGCACGAGUGUGUAUUUAACCAACGACGAGAUAUUUGAAGCAUGUUCCGAGCAUGGACGGGUAGAGUAUAUUCAGCGCAUAGAUUCCACUAAUUACAAUACAAUCGUCCGCAUGGACACGGCACCGGCGGCCAAGAGUGUUUUAGACACGCGGCAUAUCGCUGGCGAAGAGGUGGUGAUUCGAAUGUACACCGCAAACCAGUACAUUUCGCCCACGUAUGCGCCUCGCUACCUAGAGGCACGCGUGCCUCCGAAAAGGUCCCGCAAGGAAUCAGUGUUACUGCACAUUGCCGACAUAGAGGACCGUAAGAACAUGUCACUACUGCCCACUGCUUUCCAUCCGCAGUACUUUAAUCCAAAUCCACUCUACUACCGAAACGAGGUGCAGGUGUGGAAUUAUGCACCGAACCAGGGUUUGGUAGAGUUUAGAGAAUAUUUUGCAAAAUAUGGCACCGUAAUCAAUAUGCGGGAACAGAAGGAGCACAACACGUCCCCGAUCGGUGUCGCAUACCUGAGCUUCGAUACGAAGCUGGAAGCGAAGCGCGUUUGCAAGCUAAAUCAUUCGUUCAUGUGCUCGAGGCGGCUUUUGAUUUUGAUGGCCGACCAGCGCAUUGAACAUGAUCCGGGGUUGUGUGUUAGGGUUAGCAGUCUGACGGAGGAAAUUGCUGAUGAAGAUGUGUACGAUAGGUUCUGCAUGAUAGGCGAUGUGAGGUACGUGUUUCGUCCCAAGCUAGUGGAAGCAAUCGUGUGCAUGACCAAGGAGAAAUGGCAGGCAAAAGCGAUGAAAGUGAUGUGCGUUGGUCGGUUCCCCGUCGUUGUGACUUCUCUGCGGGGUUCGAACCAGGCACAGCAGGGUGCAGUGCCAGCAGUGGGCAUGGUACAGUAUCCUAUCGCUAACCCUAGUAUGGUGCCGGCUCCCGUACUACCACCAGCUUCCAGUAGUCAAUGGUACGGAGUGGUGGCCCAAAGCUUCCCACCCGUACCAAUGGUGGCAAGACCGAUGGGUCCGAGUCUCGGUAGCUGGAUACCGGUGGCUCCGGUGCCGUCCAAUGUGCCCAUGGCGAUUGGAUCGGUCAGGAUGGUACGGCCGGCAGCAGUGCCAACGCCCGUGGGAUCAAUUAGCGUAGGCAGUCAGGAGGUAAGCCCGCGAAUGCGAGGCCUCAUGCAAACCGUGGAAGCGCAAAUGAUUAAAUGUAAAAACUUCACCACACUGCCAAUGAUGGAUCAGUUUAACUUGGUCCGUGACAUCGUCAAUCAGUGCAUGAGCUAUCCACUGUUUCUGUCCAUGACCGGGGAGGAGAAAAUCCGUUAUCUUAUAAACGAACCGAAGGGCUUUCAGCAAUUGAACACGUUCACGCUCUUCACGUACCCGGAGCAGCUGCAGAUGCUAGCCAUCAUUGAGGAUUACUAUCGUAGCACAAGUGAACCGGGAACGCUUCCACCACCGGCCAGCAACAGUUCAGCAGUGAAGGAAUCCGUUGGAAAACAACCACUGAAUACCGUUGGAGUGCUGCCGCGCGACACCACCAAGGAGACGGUUGCACCAACGGACCCGGCCGCUACAUCGAACGAUAGCGAUGUUAUGGAUGACGACGAUUUCAUACCGCCGGCACCAUCACCGCCACCGUUAUCGUUUCGUUCGCGAUCGCCGUCCCCAGUGGAUGAUGAGAAUGGUAUGUGGAUUCCUUCUAGCGGUGCUUCGCUAAACGGCUCAAUCCAGAAGCAGAUGAUCGAAUCGGCUAAAAAACGACGCGCCAAGAAACAGGUUAAUGGUUUAGAGAAACCAAUGGUACACGUAGAUAACCUUCCGGAGGACGUUAGCAAGGCACAAAUUGAGCUACUGUUUAGUCAGCAUGGCAAGGUGAAACUAGUCUCGCACGCAAGGUCCAAUUAUCCGCAUUCGCACUCCAUGAUCGUUAUGUACGACACGAUGUACCAAGCGUAUACCGCAUUGGAACAGAACUUGACGAUACUGAAGGGACGGCUGAUACGCGUCAGUAUCCUUGGGACCACCUACACACCCAGUUCGGAUUGUGGCGUUAGCGUUGUUAGCAAUGGUCCGUACUCGGAACUCGCCAUCUACGAGACGUUCAAGUCCUGUGGCAAAAUACUGUACAUGAAGACGACUGGCCAGCCCGGCAGUGAGGUGUGCCUGAUCGAGUUUGACGACAAACAUUCGGCGCAGGCCGCUCUCAAGAUAACCUACCUGCACAACGGAAAUCGCUGUAAAGCGCAGCAUCAUGCAUUUAACGCUUAGGUAAGUAUGUAACAAAAAAAGGUAGCAGCAAAGCGGAACGGAUUUAAAACUCUUUCUCCUGUUGACUCGUUCACCGACACAGCCAUUCAACGGAGGAUAGCAAUAAGAGUUUAGAAUAAAUCAACAGAAUAGGAAAAAGGGAAAAGGUUCACACUACCCUGUGCGCCCCACUUGUACAGCAGCUAGCUAUAGAAUAGGUACCCUUAAGAGUUAAGAACAAAACUGUUUUCUUUUUAUUUCGUUAGGAACAAAAAAUUACUCUAAACGGUAUGAAGUUAAAAUACCGAGACGGGGUGAUGAUGGACGAAACAUGAGAAUUGUUUAACAACUAUAUCAUACAGAAGUGCUUGUUGCGCCGGUGUAAGAGCCACAGCACGCAGCACAAAAGUGAGAUGACAUUCGAUUGUUUGAGCUUGUUAAACCAAGCUCAAUUAAUCAAAAGAAGUUUUGUAAGCCCAAGUGAAACACUCACGAAAGUGUAGCGAACUGGCUGAAGUGAUGUUAUGGUUAAGCAAUGUAGCAUAGAAAAACAUGAAAACAUUAUUUGUAAGGAUUAUCAAAAUAUCACUCCCAAAUGGUUGAAAUGAGUUACUAAUUUACCAACCAAA